AUGAAGUCAGCUUUCUACGCCGCCAUCCUGGCCUACAUUGCCCAGCAUGCUGCAGCUCAUGCAACCUUUCAGCAACUAUGGGUUGCCGGUGUCGAUCAGGGGACGACCUGUGCUCGCGUCCCAUCGAGCAACUCCCCGGUGACGGACGUAACCUCCGCCGACAUGGCCUGCAAUGCUGGAACUUCGGCCGUUAGCAGCAACUGCGCCGUGACCGCAGGAUCAACCGUCACGAUCGAGAUGCACCAGCAGCCCAAUGAUCGGUCGUGCUCUAACGAAGCUAUUGGGGGAGCUCACUACGGACCCGUUCUUGCGUACCUAAGCAGUGUUUCGGAUGCGAAGACUGCCACCGGCACCGAUGGUGGCUGGUUCAAAAUCUUUGAAGACACCUGGUCGUCAGCUGGGGCGUCGGGUUCCGACGACAACUGGGGAACGAAAGACUUGAACAAAUGCUGUGGCAAGAUGGAUGUCCUGAUUCCCGCAGAUAUCGCCCCUGGCGACUAUCUCCUGAGAGCUGAGGCUAUUGCGCUGCACUCGGCCGGUUCUGCGGGGGGCGCUCAGAUGUAUAUGACCUGCUACCAAAUCACCGUGACCGGCUCUGGAAAUGCUACCCCUGAAACGGUCUCGUUCCCGGGCGCCUAUGCAGCAAGUGACCCAGGCCUUCUCAUCAACAUCUACCAGUCGAUGAGCGCAUACGAAGCUCCUGGACCUGCCGUCUACUCUGGUGGCUCAACCAAGGUUGCAGGUGGAGAUACUUGUCCUGCAACUGGUGCCGCAGCUGCGACUCUCGUACCCACAACCUCAUCCAGUGUUGCUACGACUUCAGUCAUCGUUUCCUCAAAGGCUGCGUCUACCUCCCAGGUCGCAACAACGCAGGUACAGCCAGUAAUCACUUCAACUGCUGCUGCCACCUCUUCUGCCACUGCCACCUCUGUAGCAAGCUCGGCUAAGCCUUCGUCUACUGGAGGAUCUACCUGCGAGCGUAGACGCCGACUGAGACGCCGCUCAUAG